AUGAGCGCAGUUUAAAAUUAUAAUACAGUAUCAUAUUUACCAUCACAGCAAGGCGAUAGUAAACAUUUUGAUGUUUUCAACUAAGAUCAUUUAAGUCAAGAAAAGAAAGCUAAUAUCAAGAUUUAAAUUAAAGAUAGCUCUUCUGAUAUUGUUACAUCUCCAAUCCUAAAAUAAAAUUAGUAGUAGCAGCAUCAAGAUCAAUAAUAGUAAUAAUUAAAUUAGCAAUCCAUAGGAACAAACUAAAAUUUAAAUAUAAAUCAAACUAAUUGUUAGUAAGUUUACCAAAAACUUGAAAUGUUUAAGAAUUUUUAGGAUACAUAAAAUUUACAGUCUCCCCCUUAUUCUGAAGAUCCAAAAAACCCACAAAAUUAUUUAUUUAUUUCUUCUCUACCUGGAAGUAAAUAUGGUAGCCAAACUUAGAUUUCGAACUCUUAGAGCUAAAACUAGUUAAGCAGUCACAAUUUAUAGGCUUUUGGUAAUAAUUAAUCACAUUAGCACUCAACUGUAAAUAGUUAGCAUGGAUAAGGAUCAAAUGGGAAACCUCAUCCUAAAUAAUAAAUAAAUUAACCUGAAAUUAAAAGCUACAAACAAGUUAAAGCAAUACAUAGAGAAAGCAAACUAUUAACUCCAACUUCUGCUUUCAGUCCAGAAAUAUAAAAAGUAAUUGAAGAUAUGAAGUAAAAGCAGAUGAUAUAAACAAAUGAUAGUUCAGAAUUCGCCUUAGGAUGUUUAGUUGCAAACAAUAUUAAAAAUGAAGGAACAAUUAGCAACAACAGUAGCAAUUUAAAUAAAGAUUCAAUCAAGGAUUCUGUUGAAAAGCGAAGAUUAUCAGCACUAGAAAUGUUUUAGUUAAAGUCUCAUUAAAUAGUUUAAGACCUUAAUAGUAUUUAGUAGCAGGUAAGAAUAGAUUCUGCAAAUGUCGCAAUUAAAAGAAACACAAUAUCUACACUAAAUAAUAUAAUGUUAAGCUAAAACGGAAGCUUGGCAAGCCUAAAGGAUUAACAUUUCCAUAAAUUAUAAGUAAUUCCAAAAAAUCAAACAAAUAUUUAGAGUCUUACAUCUUUAGACAAGUAAAAUCUUUCAACAGAAGCAAAUAGAUUAUUAAAAAGUAAGUAUCAACAAUACGGAAGAAACUCUAUCACAAGUAACCGUUUUAAUGAAGAUAGAGCUCGCUUAAAAGAAGCACUAUUAACCAAGCAAGAAAAUACUAAUAAAAACGAAAAUGCUAUUGCUAGCUCGAAAAUGUAAACAAUAUCUCUUCCAGAUAUUUCAUAUGGAUUUCAUAGUUAAUCAGAAAUGGGCAGUGAUAAAAAAUCGUUAAAUACUCGUUAAGUAAAAACUAGAGGUUCUUUAGAGCAUUUAGAUGAUUUAGAAGAAGAGAACAAAGAUUAUGUUAUAUAAAAUAGUUAGGGAAACUCACUCUCUAAUUAAUCGUCCCCAAGAAGAAAAAAGUUAGAAUCUUCUUUACAGGAUUAUCUAUCAGACAGCAAAUCAGAUAGUCCUCUUCCUUAAAUAAAAAUAAAUAAAAUAGAUAAAGUGGAUAUUCCAUAAAUUAAACAGAUAAAUUUGUAGAAUAAUGUGUUUUUAAAACGAUCUUUAGAUUGUGUCAACGAAGUGCUACAAGAUUAAGAUAGUAAAAUUUUACCAUCCCCUCAGUUUGCUUAAUCAAACAGCCAAAAAGAAUAGUAAUAGGGCUAAAAUUUAUCUUCAGUUGAAACAUUUAGUUCAAGUGAAGAUUCAUAAGAAUCUCCCAAUUAAAAGGAAGAAAGUUCAUUGAAUAUGAUUAGAAAUUAUUUUCCUAUAACAAAUAAAAUUGAGAAUAAAACUUAGAAAGCAAAUAGGAAAGAUUAGCAAGAAAAGAGUGAAUAGUUGUAGGAGAUUAAACAUGAGCAAUUUAAAAGCAAAGAAACAUCAACCAAAUAAAAUAAUAAUAAUAAUAAGAUAAACUAAUAGCAAAUAACGUAAUAAAAAGAUAGUCAAAAAUAAGUAGGUAGCUCAAAUGAGUAAUAGCAAGACUAAUAAAAAAGAUUAUAAAAAGCUAAUUAGAUAUAAAAUAGUUAAAAUUAAAAUUUAAUGCUUACUCCAGAUCAAAAAUAAACCAAAGAAUAUAACUUAGUAAAUAAAGAAAAAUCUUUAUAAUCGUCUAUAGUAUCCCUUAAAAAUGAUAAAACAGGGAAUGGGGGAUAGAAUUUCUUUAACCCAAUUACCAUAAGUGAUAUUUAACCAUUAGAGAGUGAUCGAAAGACGAAUGAAAAUUAGUAUAAUAUGCUACUUAAACAGUAAAAUUAAUAAUUUAAUAUUCAUGAAUAUUCACCUAUAUAAGUGAAUAACCUAUAAAAUAAGGAUCAAGACUAAGAUUAAAAUUAGAAAAGCUAGAAUAACAAAGAGUAUAAUAUGUAAUAAUCUCCAGAGAUAAAAAAUGAAAAAAUAACGAGAAACAGCUAGAACUCUAAUAACUUAGAACAGAUAAGUUAAAAGUUGCUUUAAAAUUAGUUGAAAUAAAUAAACAAGAAUGAAAAAACAAUUCCUUAGUAAGGAUUUAACAGUUUUGGAAGUGAAGUAGAUCUCCAAGUAUUUUUGUAAGAUAUACAAUACAGACAAGAAGAAGAAAAAAGACUUUAGCUAUAAAAUUAGCUAAUAGAGGCAAGAUUAGAGCUAGAUACAAAUUAUAAGAGUAUUUUGAAUUCAAUUAAUCCAUCGCCUAGAAUGGCAGCUAUCAGCUAGCAAGGUUAUUUUUCUAAUCCUACUUAAUAUAAUGCUAAAUCUUUUGGAGAUUUAUUAGGAUCAGAAAUAUUUACGCUCAGUAAUGAUUUAAAUUUAUAAUAAAAUCUUAAUGGUAACUAAAGAAAGUCUUCAAAAGCAUCAUAAAACACCAAUAAUUUACAAGAAAAAAUAAAUUCUCGAAUUUAAAAAUAAAUGGUACAAAAACCUAAUUAAAUAUCUCCAAUAGCAGUUGCUCUCAAAAAAGAGGUUAUGAGAGCUAUGUACUAUUAAAAAGAUAUAUAAUACAAAGGAGAUGGUAAAUUUAAAUCGCCUAAAAGAGUUUCAGUAAAAUCUGUAGAUGGGCAAGAUAUAGAAGAAAUAGAAUAUGUUGAAGAAGAUUUACAUAUCACAAACAUAUUAAGUGACAACUAUGUUGAAAGUUUAGAUUAUCCUUCAAAUAGAGAGUUACCUUAACAAAAAUAAAGCAAAUAGUAAUAAAUAUAAACUUUUAAUUUUAACUAGCCAUCGUAUUUAAGAGCAACUAAAUCAUUCUAAUAAAACAUUAUCAGCUCAAAGUCAAUAAAAGAUAAAAAACAAACUCAAAAAAAAUUUAAAUUCAAGUGA